CCUGGGUCUGCCAGCAGCAGCUCUCUGUGACUGCCGCUGGCUCAGCACUGCUUCGCGGGCAGGAGAGAGUCGUGUCGUGUUGUUGUAUCAGUUUCAGUGGAGCGUGAGAAAAGAGAGCCGUACUUUUAUUCCGAAAGGACAAGGUGUCACUUCUCUGUCGUCUUUUUCUUUUUCAUUGUCCUCGAGGACGCGCUCGUGCCGGCUGAACGUUAGUCGCUGACGUGCUGCGGUUAAUGUUAGCAGGAACUUUACAAAACAUCACGUAUGCUACCUAACUGUUUAAACCUCUGCGUUUUUUUUCGUGUGUUUUGUUUGAACAGCUGUAGUAAACGUACUUCCGUGGAUUUUGUGUUUCCAGACGUCUGUUCAGACCUCCAUAAAGAGUUGCUGGUCAGACCUACCCUCUCCACUCAGCUCACACACUGGGAUGACUUUGGUGGAGUGAGACAUUGCCAUCAAGGAAGAUCUACAAACCUGAAUUAGGACAAUCUAGCACCUCCACGUCUUCUUUCCUGCAUUCAUACUCCAAAAUGGAUGGGAUAGACACUCUGCAGAGCUCUGCCCCAGAGACCAAAGCGGAGCGGAUUGCUCGUUACAAAGCAGAAAGAAGGAGGGAGCUUGCCGAGCGCUAUGGCAACACAGAUGAAUUUACCUCCAAAUAUGUUCGCAGGGACCGAAAAAUCGGCGACGCAUCUGAAACAGCAUCCUCAGAAACCAAAGAAAAGGAUAAAUAUGAUGAUAAUGGAUCAGAGAAAACGUACACCAGUAGGGGCCUGAGGAAUAAAGAGGCAGAAACUGUAGAGAACACUAAGGAUGAGCUGAAGUUGGAAAUAGAAGAGACUAUUCAGGUCAAAACAGACACAGAAGUCAGAUCUUUGAAGAUGUCUUCUCAAUACAGGCUGCUGGAAACUGAUGACGCAGAGGAGCCAAAGGGUGAAAAGAAGCCUGACGAACAAGCUAGGAGGACUGCCAAGACAUCUCUUUUUAAGGACCUGGAGGGGACAGAGGAUGGAGGCAGUGGUCGAUGUGCCAACGAUGGAGUGAAGCAUCAGCUGAUGAGCAGUGAGGAAGAGUUCUUCACCAGCAGAAGAAAAGUAAUGGAGGAGAAAGAGGCCACAGAUGAACAGUCAUGGAAGGAUCAGUGGGAAAUUGCUGCGACUGUAAAGGAAGAUAAACCUCCAUCCCCCAGCAAGACCCAAGACAUCUCCCCCCCUCCCUCUCCUUCCUGCCAGCCCUCCUCCCUGCAGCGCCAAGACUCAGGGGCUCAGGGCAUCAAGGGAAUCCUUAAAAAAAGCCGCUCCACUAGCCUGGAGUCAGACCACAGCGAGGGCUCGUCGCCUGAGACCAUGCUGCCAGCCCGCCAGAGCAGCAUCACCCUCAGCCACCAGGAGAGUGAGGAGGAGGAGGAAAUGGAGGAAAUGGAAGAGGAGUUAGAAGAAGAGGUGAAUGGGGAGAGUGACAGAGAGGAUGAGUCAUUCAUGGAGGAUCUCACAGAUGGAGGGAGCUUCAGCAUCGAUGCACGGCACAGGGAGGGGAGCAGCAGCGGAGGGAGCUUUGAGGAGAUGCGCAGCCCCUCGCCUGACGAGAGCCUGGAGCAGACUUCAUCUGUGUCAGAGGAUGUGGAGGAGCUGGAGAGCAGUUUGGAUGGAAGCCUGGGCUCCUCAAUCAAACAGAGACUGUCAGAACUUAAUUCUGAAGGAGAGAAAAGGGACAGACGGAAGAAACCCAAACCAUCUGAUCUCAUUCACACACCACUGGCUGAUCGCUUCGGUCAGCUCCAAGAUGCUGAAAAUGCCUGGAGGAAAAAGAAAUCUGGUGUAGAUGUGGAGCCAAAGAUGUCACUGGCAGAGAGGAUGAAGAUCCUAAAAGACAAGGAAGAGCAGUGGAAGAACAAAGGCAAAGGAGCAGCCAAUGACUCUGUCCAGUUCACUGUGGCUGGACGCAUGGCCAAGAGAGGUCUUGUGUCAGACACUGGGAAAGAAGAGUCCCCUCUGAUCGCUCUCAAAAAGUGUAAUGCCACACCGAUAAAACCACAUGAAGAAAUAUCCAGCAGAAGUGAUGUGAAGGUGGAGGGAGAUAAAAGGCUCGACAAGCUGGAAUCUUUCCUUGACAAGCUUCACAAUAAAGGUAUAAGUCAAGGCAAGGCAUCCACCAUUGAGGUGACAGCACAGGUUGAAAAGGAAGUUAUGACCCUGGACGAUGACGAGACAUUCGGCAAUUUCUACAAAUCGGUGUCGCCGUCCUCGCUCCAGGACUCUAGUGUGGUUCUGACUGAGGAGGACCUGAGCCAGAUCCAGGCCAACACACCAAAACUGGAUUCAGCUGUAGCAGAACACAAACGAGCGGUGCGACCAGUGAGGAGGAAUCAGGGCUCCAGGAACCCUCUGCGAGCUCUGGCUGCCCGCAACGACCUCCGACAGGUCUACACCGAGCAGAGGCUGAAUGUAGCCACAGUGGAGACCAAGAGGAUCCAAGUAGAGAGGAUGGCUAAACAUGCCAGAUCAAACCUGGCUGAUGUGGCCUUGGCAGGUCUGGCCAGCAAGGAGAACUUUCGCAAGGUCAGCCUGCGCAGCGUGAAGUCUACCGAUGUUGUGACAAACAACAGCACUCUGCCAUUCAACAAGCUCAUGCUCAUUCGCAUCAAAGGUCGGCGGCACGUCCAAGUGCGUCUGAUGGAGCCCACAGCCCAUUCGCUAAACAGUGGUGACUGCUUUCUUCUCAUAACGCCAAAAAACUGCUUUAUGUGGAGUGGAGAGUUUGCUAACGUCAUUGAGAAAGCAAAGGCAUCAGAGAUGGCAUCAUUUGUUCAAGCUAAGCGGGAUCUGGGGUGUAAGGCCCCUCAGGUGACUGUGCUGGAGGAGGGGAUCAACUCUGAGAGCAGAUGGGCCAAAGAGUUCUGGAGCCUGCUGGGGGGAAAAGCCAAAUACAGAGGGGCCGGGGAACCAGAGGAGGAUGAGCUGUAUGAGAGUGGAGUGUGUGACUCCAAUGGGGUGUACAGACUCCUGGGAGAUAAACUGGUGCCUCAUGAGGAUGCCUGGGCUUCCAUCCCCAGUGUCUCCUUGCUCAACUCUAAAGAGGUGUUGGUGUUUGAUUUUGGCAGUGAAGUGUAUGUCUGGCAUGGAAAAGACGUGCCUUUGAGUGACAGAAAAGUGGCUGUUAAAUUGGGUAAACAGCUGUAUAGUGGCAGCUACGACUACAGCAACUGCAGAGUGAACCCUUUAGCUGCCUCCUGCACAGAUAAAGACAUCCCUCUUAAGGGAGAGGGUCGUCCGAGCUGGACUCUUUUUGGCCGUCUGUCAGAGCACAAUGAGACGUCACUGUUCAGAGAGAAGUUCCUGGACUGGGCCGAGAGGAAGAAGGAGGAGGCAGCACAAGUAGAGGAAGUCAAGAGCCCCAUCCACUCCACUGAUCGUGCCUCCUUUGACUUGGACCUGCAGCCAUGUGAUGCCAAAGCUUUGCUAGACAAUGAGCCAGAGCCAGUGAAGACGGUCUUAGAGGGCGUGAAUGUCCAGCGAGGCCAUGGAAUCGUGAGGGCAGAUGAUGGCAGACAGGCAGAGCUGGCAACGGUGUCCGUAGACGCCUGGCACAUCAAGGAGCAUGGCGAGGAGGAGCUGCCAGAGGAGAGCCUUGGACAACUGCACCAGGGAGACGCCUACAUCAUCCGAUGGAAGUACUCCAUCACCACACUUGUGGGGAAGCGGCAGAAACCUGGCGAGCUGAGUGCUGGGGCUCCUGGGAGAGAGAGGACAGCCUGUUUCUUCUGGCAGGGUCGUCACUCCAGCGUCAGCGAGAAAGGGACCUCAGCCCUGAUGACAGUGGAGCUGGGCAGCCACAGGGGAGCACAAAUGUUGGUGACUCAAGGAGAAGAGCCUCCAUGCUUCCUCCAGCUCUUCCAGGGAGGUUUGGUUAUCCACAGGGACAGCAGAGAGGACAGUACCAACAACAGAGAUGGCUGGAGGUUGUUCUGUGUCCGUGGUGAGGCGGAGAUGGAGGCUUCUCUAGUGGAGGUAGACUGUCAGCGUGCCAGUCUGCGCUCUCGUGGCAGCCUGGUGCUUCUUAAUGCUCAGAAAAGCUGCCUCUACUUGUGGCACGGUUGUAAAGCUCAUGUAGGUGCCCGGCAGGUGGCUAAAAGAGCAGCUGACAAAGUGACCCAAAGGUGUCCGCCAGAGUUAGGUCUGAGCAGAGGGAGCAGCAUAAAGGUGGAGGAGGUGGAGGAAGGAUCAGAACCAGCAGAGUUCACUAAGGCUCUGGGCUCGCAGGACAAGAAGGCCUAUGACUGUAUGCUGCAAGAUCCAGGGAAGUACAACUUCACGCCCCGGCUGUUCCAAGUGAGUGCAAGCUCUGGGCUUUUUGAAGGAGAGGAGAGGCUGUAUGCAGCCAGAGUGACUGAGGGAGUUAUGGCGAUGCCCUUCUUGCAGGAGAACCUCUACUCGGCACAACAGCCUGCCCUGUUCAUGCUGGAUAACCGUAUGGAGGUGUACCUGUGGCAGGGCAAGCAGCCUGACGACACACAGUUCGCAGGCUCUGCAAAGAUCCGCUGGAACAACGAGAGGAAGUGUGCCAUGGAGACUGUGCUGCAGUACUGCAAAGAGAAGAACCCUCGGCGCCCCCCUCUGGCCUAUCUGGUUCUUGCAGGCUGUGAACCUCUAACCUUCACCAACAUCUUCCCAUACUGGGAGAAAGAUGCCAGUGUCGCUUCAAAGACUCAGAGCUCCAAGAACAAGGUGACCCUGGUGAAAGAAGCUCUGUCUAAGCUCAGUAAACAGCAGUACUCCAUCGAGGAGCUGACCAGGAAACCUCUACCAGAGGGAGUGGACCCCUUACGCCUGGAGGACUACCUGUCCGAUCAGGACUUCAAGACACUUCUGGAGAUGAGUCGAGUCGAGUUCAACGCUCUGCCAAACUGGAAACAAAAGAAUCUGAAGAAAAGCAAAGGCCUGUUUUAAACACGUAUCUGCCUGUUUUUUUAUGUCAGAAGCAGCUUCUCUUUCCUUAUUUUUAAAGGAGAAAAAAAGCAAAUGUACUAUUUUGUUCAUAUUUUGGUCUAUGUUGAAAAGAACCCCUUUUUUAAUGUGUCACUUAGGUAUUUUAGCCAACCAUUAUGUGCAAUUUUAAUCUUUUAAGUAACUUUAACAUUAUGAAUGACAAUUUCUUUUACUUGUAAGGUAAAAAAAUAACCUUCCAUUAUAAAUAUGUAAAAUACUAUUAAUGAAUGUCUAUGUGUAUUACAGUGUCAACUGUUUUCAUGUGUUUUUGGUUUGCAAACUGUGGGAGUUUUAUUGAUUUUUCUUUUUUCAUGAAAACAUGGAAUGAGAGUAGGUUGUUCAGAAAAACGUCUUCACUCAGAAGUUUACAAAGAAAAGAAGCAGAACAAUUCUAAGCUGAAAAAAUCUGCCUCUACUUUGUGAUUGAUUUAAAGACACAGUUUGUUCUAAACCAUCAUGAUUGUGUUCUGGUCCUCUGACUUGUUUUUAUGGGGAGAAAAUAAUUUUUGCGUUUCAUAUUUCAAUGUAACAGACGUGUGAUUGAGGAAACUCUGACUUUUCAGACUUCACCAUCUUCCCUGGACUGACUCAUUUUAUUUUAUUUUAAUUUUUAAAUGGUACUGAAUACUUCCUGGUUUAUAUGUAAAGCUGCCUGUGCGCCUUUGAUUGCAGCACUAUAAAUAAUUGGUUGCUGGGACCAAAUGCGACGUCUUCUUAUAAAUGUUUUCUGUGUGAGUGUGUGUGUUUGUUCACCUUUAAAAGUAUUAAGCAUGUGUGUGUGAGAGACAGCGAGAGAGUAACUGUGCUGUAUAAACUGCCUCUGUAGCUGGCACCAGAAAUGUAAACUUGUCAUCAUAUAUGACGUGUGAAACAAACUGUUAAAAUGACUGCCUGUGAUGUCUGAAUUAGAAAGUUCUCUGCAUGAUUUCACUACAAGUCAUUCGCCAACAAUUUUGCAUUAGUUCUUUUCAACAUCUGCAUUUUUUUGUGAUACAUUGAGACUGUGUUACAUGUGGAGACUGCUUCCCAGUCAGUCUUAUUUCAUGGCACAUACCUUUGGUAAACAUUGGUGUUAGGGAACUGAGAUAUUAAUGCUCCAGAUUUCCCUUUGAAUAAAGUA